AUGAAAGUAAAAAUAUUCUUGGGAGAAUACACCUAUCUGUAUAGAGGAAAUAUAGAUUUAAGAGAAUUAAAUGAAUACAUCAAAACAUUGACACCUAGACUUUUUUUAUUAAAAUGGAAGGAUUAAGAAGAUGAUUUAAUUACAAUAUCUAAAAAACAAGAUUUAGUUUACUUUCAUCAAUUAUGGGUUCAAAAUCAAGCUAAUAAUAAUCAAUCAUUUAGAUUAUAUGUUCAAGAGAUUCCAUAGUCAAAUCAAAAUGUUUAAAUUACAUAAUUGUAAUCAUAAUCUCAGAUUCAUUCUAAAAUGCCUAGUCCUUCUUAAAAGUAUUCUUGUACUAGAUAGUAUUUUGGAGAGACAUAAUUUACAUUUGGUUAAUAACUAACUGAAUAAACAAGGAGUUAAGAGAUUUAAAGAGAGAGACAUUCUUAGCAAAUAAAUUUAUAAUCAAUUCAAGAAAUAUAUGAUUCAUCUAAGAAUAUUAGUAAUUAAAAUCUGGAUUAAACAAAAUUAUUAUUUUAAUAAAAUGAAGAGUUAACAAAAAUGAAAAUUGAAUAAGAUUUUAAUAAUAUUCCAUCAUAAGAUCCUUAAUCAUUUUUUAAUAUGGAUAUGAAAUAAAGUAUUAAAAAGUAAUAUGGUGAUAUUUAAAUGCCAUAUGAUGAUGAGGAUAUUAUAGAUAAUAAGGAUGAGGAUGAUGAUAUAAUAAUUGAUAGCAAAAAUAUCUUUUGUGAUUAUUGUUCUGAUAAAAUACAGAAUUAAGAUGAAAUAACAAAAAUAUAUGUAUGUUAAUUUUGUGAAGAUUUUCAUAUUUGUAAAUUAUGUUAUGAUCAAAAUUAAGAGUAAGUUCAUGUGCAUCAAUUAAAAGAAAAAAUUAUUCAAUGA